UUCCGGUUACUAAGGAGUAGCCCGUGGGACAAAAUGUCGUACGUGUUCCCGACGAAGGCUGGUGUGUCGCUCAAGCAGGUGAAGGCUGUCCUGGUCACUUUUUGUCCUUUCGAGUUGAAUGUACAAAGCACCAGAAAUUUUCUUCAAUGUCUCUUUGAAAGGAAGGCAUACAAAUCAAACUUGAACUGUGAUGUGAAAGCAGAGAUAAAACAUGAUGGCUCUGAACCAGUUAUAGACAUCACAUUUGCUGAUGGUGAAAGAUUGAUUAUGAAAGGAGCCAAUUUAACAACUAGAGAGAUGUUACAUGCAUUCAACUCUAGAUGUCAAAAGAAAGAACUUGCAUUGGCAGAAUAGCCACCACCAUAGACUGCUUGAAACCGACAGUAAAAGAGUUUGCAUCAAUAAUAUAAAUGCAUAGAAAUCUGCAUGAAGCCACUUUCAGAAAAUGGCAAAGACUUUCCUAAUAGCUGAAAGAAUCUGAAGUGGAUAUAUAGAGGAGGCAAACUGAUUCUGGUUUUAAAAAAUGCUUUUUGGACUUUUGAUUAAUGAUUAAACUCUUAACACGUUAUCAGUCUUGGAUUAACAUCAUUUUUCUUAGUAUGUCAAAUUAUCAAGUAAGUUAGUAGUCUGUAAAAUUCUGAUCCUUUUCAAUCACUUGAUAAAAAUUAUAUAUUCACAAAUAUAAAUUAUUAAAGUUUUAUUAAUCUGGACUAUGAAGUUUUUCUAUGGUACAAAUUGCAUACAUUUAUAAAUAUGAUUUGCUUAUACAUGGACACUACAUACAGAAUACAUUAGACAAAACCACUCACUUUUUUUAUAAGCUGCAUAAGCUUCUUGAAGCAAGUGAUAGAAAAGCCAAAAGUAUAAGUAUUAUGUGAAUUGUUGUAUAGAAACUCUUCCCAUUUGACUAGUCAAUGUUAUUCUAUCUGUGUAUUUGCAGGAAUAAAAAUACAUGUUCAGAAUUCAAUUAAUCUUUUAAUUAAGCUUUGAAGGCUUCUAUUGGACACUUUAAUCCUAUUCAGGCUAAAGAUCUUUUUGCAUGUAGAAUUGAAGAUAGAAGCAUGAGGGAGUAGUGACUUCCCGCUACAAGUUGUGUUGGUAUUUGAGUGAGGAACUAGUUUUCUUGAAUGCAGUAGAAACUGUUUACUUCAGCAUGUGGAAUUAGCUUUUAACUACUGUAAUGUCUCCAUCUUAACCUUAAGAAGCAAAGUGCUGUUCACUGAUGUUUACAUAUUUCAUUAUGUGCAAAAAUACUGCCUGAGCAAGACAUUUGUGAAAUUGCAAAGCUAUUUGAUUCAUUCCUGCUCUCCUAACUUGGAUUCAUAACAUGUAUGUCCCUCUCCCUUUUCGUGACCCUUAGAAUGCUCCAGAUUCCAUUUCUGAAACGUGGUGGCAAAUUUAUUCCUACAAGAAAAACUCAACAUUAUCUUUCCAAGUGAUGAAACUGAAUUACUUCAGUGUUCCUCAGAAUUUUGUGAACGAAUUCCAACUCAUAUUAUGUAAAAUGACAACCAGCAAAGAAGGGCAGCAAGUUCAUUGUGCAACAUAUGCUAAAUUAGGCAACAUUUCUGGGGAAAUUGACAAAUGGAUUUAGAAAACCCAGGAUGUAUAUUUAUAUUUCCAUAAUAUAAAUACAUCAAAAGUGAGUUGUUUCAUAAAAUAUGAAUGUUUGUACAGAAUCCUGUCAAUGUGAUUCAAUUUUUAUUUUAUUUAUCACUGAUGUCUCAAAUGGUGUACACAAAAUAGCUGUAUGUUAAUUAUGGAGAUUAUGUGGAUUCAAGUAAUUGUCAGUGACCCCAUAGAUUUUCUCCCCAUGAGGCUGUAUACUAGAAUACUAGAAUGUUGUAACAUUAUACAUAGUAAUAGGAAGCAAAUUUAAAUUAUUGUAGAAGUUAAUAAUUCUAUGCCCUGAAUAUCAGAAACAAAAAAGUUUGAAUGGCUGAACAUUAUAUUUGAAGAAUAA